UUGGUAGCGCCUGCGCAUGGAAUCGCGGAAGUUCAAAUCAUACUUCCGUAUUCCGAAGUUUAAGUUUGGGGGUGUGGUCAAAACAACACAAUGACACAUGUACAAGUAUGUGAUAUAGAUCCAGAUGUAACAACUCUCUUGAAGAAGUUCAAAUUUAGGAAAGAGAAAAAUGUAGCUGCAAUUGUAUUGAAAGUAGACUUUGCUAAACAAUUGGUGAUACUAGAUGAGGAAUAUGAGGACUGUUCAAUAGAGGAGGUUGCCAAUGACCUUCCUGCUUCUCAGCCCCGAUAUGUCGUACUCAGCUAUGUGCACAAUCACCAGGAUGGAAGAGUGUCCUUCCCACUCAUAUUCAUUUUCUGUACUCCCCAAGGGUGUAAGCCAGAACAUCAAAUGAUGUACGCAGGAACCAAGAGGGCAUUGGUGGAUGCAGCUAAAGUUACAAAGGAUUUUGAAAUCAGAAAUCCUGAGGAGCUAACAGAGGAAUUCAUUAUAGAAAAGCUGCAGUUUUUCAAAUAGGAUGCCAGUGUUAUUUGUGUGGAUGCCCGACUGAAUGGCCUGGGCACGUGAGGGAGAAGCCAGCAGCUCACUGACCUGGCUCCAUGGACACACUCUGGCCAUGUCAGGACAAGCUCACCUCCGAUGAGAACACAUAGCUUAGCCUUGCAGCCAUCUUUUACAUCAUUCUUACCAUUAACAGUUAUGGUACUAAAAUUGUUUUUAUUAAAUACAUUCAGAUUCAAAUUUUUAUUACUUUGAUUCAUGGAUGAGAUUCAGCAGCUGGAUGAAUAAAAUUUCCAAAUAAAAAUGUAGCACGUCAACAACAGUGAACACACAGUUUCAAAGAUUCUUCAGACACAAGCCUACUCCUUACCUUGUUUUCUCUGUUAGCUACUGAACCUCAGAAAGCAAAACUUGGCUUUCCUAAAAAUAAUCUGUGUUUAAAUCCAAAUCAACAAUACAUAAAACAAUAUUAUAAUAGACCUAGAUAUAGCUGCAGUAACCAUAUCUCUGUGCUGCUUCCUAUAAACCAUUUUUAUUUGGGUUUGUCGCCACACAGAACUACAGGCUGUCCAACUGUGUUUUCCUUAUAGAUCCUCUUUCCAAAUCUGCAUCGCCCCUUUUAUGCUUCAGCAUUCAUCUAGAGACAAAUGCAACAUGAUUCACUGCUGAGACACUUACCUUCAAAUACAAGUACUUACAUUUUAGAUCAUGUUACAAUAUAUUCACUAAAUGAGUUCUGAUAUGCCAUUGUAAGUACACAUAUUUGAAGGCAAGCUCAGAGAUACAGUUACUGCAGCUAACCCAGGUAUUCCUUGAUGCAAUGACUAGCAAUUGUCCAACGUCGAUCUUUCUGAUCUGUGAUUUCGAACUGAUGAAACAUUUCUGCAGAGAAAGGUACAUUGCUUGCCAUGUUCACCUUAACCAUGUCUUUGUUGCAUGCUAUUGUACAUAAUAAUUAUGUUGAAUUAAGCAUUCCUCUCUGAAUUACAUAAACUACUUCAUGUCCCUCAUGUACCUCAUCGGACUACAUCGGACUUCAUUCCAGACACUGCCAGUCUGCCUCAUUGCUGGUCACUCUGGCCAGACCUAAGUAGGGCCCUGUCUUUGAGGCCAAAUAAUCAGGGUGGCUUACUGUACACACAAAUAUUCAACUCUGUAUAACAAUAAGGCAAGGUCCCUUAUAUCACAUGUAUCCUUCUUGUUCUUUUGACAAACCAGACCAAAACUAUGCAAAAGACUAACAAAUCAAAAAUAAGGUAAUAUGGUGGUUUUAAAAGGAUUUAGCCGCAAUAAAUUUGUAUUCUUAAGUGACUGACAUUACGUAGCACUGUAAAAUCCUCCAGUCAACCAUCACCACAUUGUUUGGCAACCUGCAUACUGGCUUAGAAAAUGCAUAAAAUAAUGAAAUUAAUUUGACCUGGCCUAAGAAAAUGUAUUAUUGAGGACAUAGGGGAAUCCCUUAUAUACCUUUCUAAUUUGUUUGGACAAAAUACAUAAAUAUCCUCAGUACUUAAAAUAUUUUCGACCAAGUAAUGUGUUUAUGGGACCAUUCAUCACCAAAUGAGUGUAUACCCAUGUAUACUGUGACAAUGCAAGAUUGUAGCAAAUAGUGUCAUUCUACUAGAUCAAUCUGUAACUAAUCUUGUCACUUGACAGUCCAUAUUAAACAUUUUAUAGAAAAGCGCAGCAUGUGUGUAUAUAAUUGCCUGGUAACUAUUAUUAGGUAAAAUACGGUAAAUAUGAGUUUGUUUUGAAGAAUGUGAACAUACCUACAUUUAACUGCUGUUACAAUUUCUUACCUGCCUUUAUAUAUGUGUUCUGUGAAGUGCAGUGUCCUGUUGAGAUCUACCAUAUUAAACACAAUAAACAAUUACAAGUU